GGCCCAAAGCUCUAAUAAUGGAUAUUGCCGACAGAGAAAAAAACAACGUAAAUCUUUUGCUCAAAUAGGGCCGAUAAAUUGACUCAAAGGAAGGAAUUUUAACUCGGAAUAUUCAGUCUUUCCCAGGCUUCAAUUCCGCUCGAUUCAGAGCUUCGUCCGGAGAAAAGAAGAGAAAGAGCUCGAGUUUCUUCCUACAAUGAAUCAGUUUGAUGAGUCCAUCAGGAAACAAUUAGCAGUGCUUUUGCGAGUUAUGAAUGUGACAAGAUGCGUUAAAGAGGAUAAUAUUCCAUGCAAAAUUGAAGAGGGUCUUUUCUUGGGAUCUAUCGGAGCUGCGAAUAACAAGAAUGCACUGAAAAGCUUGAAUGUCACACACAUACUGACUGUGGCUAGUUCAUUACCACCUGCACAUCCAAAUGAUUUUGAAUAUAAAGUCAUUAAUGUCACCGACAGAGAAGACACAGAUAUAAAACAGUACUUCAAUGAGUCUUUUGAUUUUAUUGAUGAAGCUAAAAGAUUGGGUGGUGGUGUUUUGGUUCACUGCUUUGUGGGAAAAUCCAGAAGUGUGACCAUUGUUGUUGCCUAUCUAAUGAAAAAGCAUGGAAUGAGCCUAUCUCAAGCGCUGGAGCAUGUGAAGAGCAGACGGCCCCUGGCAUCUCCUAACUCUGGUUUUAUUUCACAAUUAACGGACUUCGAAAAAUCUCUUCAAGAUGAGAAGAAUAUGACAGUGAAAUGAGGAGACGCCAAGCACUACAGAUUGCUUUUGGUUUAUAACCGAAUGCGAUGUAAUCUUCCCUGUACAGAACUGGUCAGCUGUUAUAGAAACUGAUGCUCUUGAUUAGCCUUUGAAAUGUACUGCAAAAUAGGUACGAUUGAACUCUUAUAUACCUAAUCAUUGGACAUUUUACAUAUCAAAGAGGGAUAGUCUUUGGGCUUGAA